ACUCCUUCUAUCCACCUUCGUAUAAAACCAGAUUUCACAAAUUUUGAUGAACAAAUCUCUUCUUCCUUUUAAAGGCACUCUCUUAUUUCGAGAUUCUCUCAAGAAAAUUGAUUUCCUCAUUUUAGUUCAAAGCUUCUCUUUUUAGCAUUAUCGCAGCCAUUAGGGUUUCAUUCGUUCUCUGCCUCAGUCAAAAUCCCAAAAAAAGAAACGACUUGAUACCAUUCCUUUAUGAUUUCGACGUUUCCAAGCCACAACGUAAUCAGGAGUUUGAUUCCCACUCCAAUUUCCUCCUCUUUUCUCUAGAAAAGCAUCUUUCUUCUUGUUUUUAAUCCUGACCCAAUUCAUUGGCUUUUCUUGUUCUUUUGUCAAGAAUUCUGUUUCUGCUAACAACAACAGCGAGGAGGGAAAGGACCCAGUUAGCAAAACCAUGAAAAUCCAUCCUUUGCCCAAGAAAAGGAACAUCGCCAUUCAAUAUGACAUGAACCCAGAAACGAAUAGGGCCCGGGCGCGGUCCCUUCCCACUGGUGGGUUCCCCAAGAAGCUCCGGAGGCUGCCCCAUAUCUUCAGCCGGGUGCUGGAGCUGCCCUUCAGGUGGGACGCGGAGGUGGAAGUGGAGGAGAGCCCGGACUGUUUCAAGUUUGUGGUAGAGACGGAUAGUAUCAGUGACGUGAAGGCCCACACUGUAGAAAUUUAUCCUGGGGUUACCAAGAUUGUGGUUCGGCCGGGAAGUGAUGUUGGUUUUACUUUGCUUGAUAAUUUGGAGCUUGAUAUGUGGCGCUUCCGUCUGCCGGAGUCUACAAGGCCAGAGCUUGCCAGUGCUGUCUACGAGGAUGGAGAGCUGAUCGUGACCGUGCCAAAGGGUGCCCUGGGAAAAGGUGAUAAUAACAGUUGGCUUGUUCCUGUACGAUAAUAACAUCUUGUUUUGCUUCAAUUGCUUGUUAUUUUGAUUUUGCCUGCAAGUUUACAUUUUCUGUACUCUUUUUUUUUUUUUUGUUAUUGAAUCAAGCAGGAAACCUUCUUUUCCAUAAUGGUUUGAUAGCAUUUUGAUCUGAUGUUGUUUAUUUUUUAGGAUUUUAGUUUGUUAUCUUAUACCCGUCCUGUUUAGAGGUGUUCUAUUUUCCUUUUUGAUGUCCUAAUACAAAUGACACUUUUUUUCUUGGCAAGAGCUAUUAAACUUAAAUUUUGUUGAAAAUUUUCAAAUUGUGAUGUAAAAGACGUGGAGUCAAAGGUUAUUGUAUUUCGAAUCUUCUUAAACUAUGUCAAGUCAGUAUAAUCCCAUAAUUUGGUACUGAGGGAGUAGUAAUCUACAUAUCAUGGGGGUUUACUUUCUGCUAUACGGUUGAUAAUUUAACUGCUUUCUAAACCUGAUAGAGACAUCUUGUGUCAUGCUUACUGCUUCUACCAUACAGAAGGAUUUUAGAUAUACUGAAGAUGGGAGUUGACUAUUUGUAUUUAACUACUCUGCUUAGGAUCUUGCUUACCAUAACACUUUUAUAACAAUUAUUCAAAACAUGGGUGACCCAAGAAGCUGGGUAUCUUCCAAAUUUACCAAGAUUUGCACCCCUGGUAUUAUCAUCACUUGCAAAUGUUUCUCGGGAACCCUCUUGUGAGAGGAGAAAGUGCCUAUUUGAUAAGAGAGUUGAAGGAUGGUUUGUAUUUGUUAAACCUUUUAAGUCCUAGACCAUCUGAAUCAAUAUAAUGGAAAUGGAUCCUUUGUUUUCCAUACAUGCAAGUCCAAAUGUGUGGGGAGAAGCAAUUCUUUUCUAUAGGUGAUCGUAAGAAUGUGGUUUUAAGUCCAUUUCAUAAUCAUCCAUGAUAAUUCCGGUACCUCAAUAAGGGUGUGUUCAGUUG